CUUCUCUCCAUUUUCUCCCAGUCUAGUUCGCUUCCCGGGGCCGCACACCGCCGGCCACGCGCAGCGACAUCUCCUUGCUUUGUCGCUUCGUAGCUCGGAGCACUCCGCCCCGCCCCGGGGCCGUCGCGGCCCACCGGCCAUGGGGUCCACCGAUCCGGCGACCGAUCGGUCGCCCAUUGCGCGACGUCUCCGCCGGCGGCCCUCCUCGACGGCGGGGCGACCGGGCCAAGUAGCCGCCGCCUCGGCGCCGGCUUGUCGGCUGGCACGCUUCUCCCGCGAGCUGGCCUGUGUCCUGGACCGGCCGGAAGAUGCCUGCUGGGCGCAUCCCCUGGUGUCCGGGCUUUCCUUCGGGCAUUCGUCGACGCCCGCGGAGCGUGAGCAAGCAAGCCGCAGCCUGCGGCGCAUGCGCGUUCUCUCGAUGUCAGCCGAGCAUGCUGACCUCGAUAGUCAGCCGGAUCUUCGGCCCCUGGACCAUGCGGCCGUGCGGACGCUCUGCAACGCAUGGGCCAGCUCCGACGCCGGCCCCGACAUCCCGGUCCCCGAGGACAUCGAUGACAUCACGGCCUUCGGUCAGCUGGAAACCCUCCGCCAAGUGGCCGAUCUCGGGGGACAUGUCACCAUGCUGCUUGAGCGUCCGCCGAAUGGGGCGCAUCCGGCUCCCUCAGCGACGGCGAGUCACUCGGCCCUGGCCAGCCCUCCGGCGGUGCCGAUCCCGCCGGUUCGUGUGUAUUGGCCCUCGGAGGCUGUGGUGGCGGAGGCUGCGGCCGACGCCUCCGGCGACGCGGCCACCGACGAUGAUGCCUAUCUCCUGAUCCAUCGGAAGCCGGAGCGACUGGAAAAGCGCCGAGCCGCCCUCGAAGUCGAGCAAGCUCUGCAUCAGAUGUUUGUUGUCAAAGAACGGGAGAGGCAGCUCCAAGCCCAGCGCCUGGCCAAUGAAUGGUUUCUCCCCGGCCGGCGAUCGGCCUCCUCGGCUUCGCUGGCCGCUCUGACUGCGGAGGAGCCGGCUUCCGAGGGGUCCGGCGGAUCGGCCAACAAUGAUGCCCUGUCGGCGGCCUUCCCCUGCUAUAUGCUCCCGGCUGAAGUGGGCUGCCCGCAGGUCACACCUGCGACACCGUCGCCCACAUCCUCGGCAUCCUCCUUGGCGUCGACCGCUCCCCUGCUUGUUCCUCCCGAGGAGCUGGAUUCCAGCUUCCUUUUUUCUCCAUACCUCAGAUCUUUUCGCGCAGCAACGUCCGCGACGACACCCACGGCCGCAGCCACCGCGCCACCCUCCGCCACCAGCACCUGGACCCCCUCCAAUCCGGCAAGACCGUUGCCCCUGCGACUGCCGGCGAUCCUCGUGUCGCCCAUCAACAAUCCGCCGCUCGCUUCGUCAACCAACAAGGUGACAGAUCAUCUGUCAUCACUACCGCCAGGGGCUCGCCCACCGGGACUGCUGUCGACCUUCAGCCGCGCCUCGGCCUCGACUCGCGGCCGGCACCGCUUGGAACACCUGCUUGUGGGUCUUGAGCAAACAACGACCCGGGCUGCCCCCCCGCUGGCGGUCGAAUCUCACCGAGGAGGCUCCGCCAAGCAGCAGGCAGCCGAGCCGGCACUCAAUGGUCGAUCCUCAUUGUCAGGCACGGGCCUCCAGCCGGCAAAGCGCCCGCGCAUCCACCGGGGACCCUCAUCACAGGCUCUGACCCCGACGAAUGUCCCCCCGGCAUCGAAAGGGGCCUCGGCCACCAGGAUCCCACUGGCGAGACCAGCCCUCCGACCGGCGGGGCCUCCGGCAUCUUCGCUGUCUUCCAAGACGUCCGCCUCCAAGCAAGCCCAGCGGUUGGCCCUGCAACCGGGCUCCACUCGUGCCUUGUCCCCCGCCCCAGGUCCGGGUCUUGGCCCAUUGCAGGCAUCGGAUCCGGCACUCGGGUCAGGUUCCCCGAAGCACACAGCCCGGACGCGCAAUCCGAUGGUCUUUGGCUUCACGCGUCCCCGGCGCUCGCCACCUUUCCCCAAGACCCCGCCCGAGGGACUACCCAUCUAUCUACUUUACGCUUUGUCCGUCUUUCCCGAGGCUGGACGCCAACGGUCCGGCAGGCAGGGCAUCUCUCACAGCGCGGCCAGUCGUUUCGCUGGCGAUGAAGACAUGGGCGAUAUCAUCCAUGUGCCCUAUCAUCGGCAGCGACCGUACCAACGCGAACGUCGCUUCCCGGUAGCCACCCCGAAGGAGGUGAGCUGGUAUGCCAUGGCUAGCGGCUGGCAUGGCCUGAAUCUCAGCCGGGAGGCCAUUGCUCGGCGGGUACGAACCACACCGGCCCGGAUGGCCAAUGAGUUGCACCCCUACCAGCCGGUGACUUCCUCGCCGGGCGGUCCUCCCACGGAGGCUGAUCCUGAUCAGGGGCCUGCGUCUUCGACGACCGUGGCCACCAGUACUGGUGCGGGUGCUGGCGCCGGCACCACCGCCGCUGCCACCGCCGCUGCUACCACAACUGGUGGCACCAGCACCACCGGCACCACCGGCACCACUGGUACCACUGGUACCACUGGCACCGCUGCCGCUUCUGUGGCCUCUCCUGCCACCGCCGGAACGCCAUCGUCUGCGCCUGGGUCGCCAUUGAGCCCGGGCUCUGCCAUGCAGCAGGCCUCCAUUUCCUCAUUCCUGCUGGGUGGGUCACCGGGCGCCGGAACUGGCACCUCACCGCGACGCCGAAUGACUGCCCUAUCGCCGACCUCAACACCCUCUCCACAUCGGACAAAACGCUCGCUCGGAGCCAGCCCCACGGGCCCCGGUGUCUCGCCGUCUGGACCCCUGGCAAAGGCCUCCCCCUCCUCUCCCGGGACUGGGAGCCGCUUCCGGCAGCCGUCCAUCACGCGCUACCUUUCAGAAUCUCCCUCCUCGCCCCGCCCGUUGUCCUUGUCAUCCUUGGCCGGGUCGGCGCGCCUCUCCUCAGGCGGCAGUCCGGUGGGUGUGGGCUCCACCCCGCCAUCCCUGCCGCAGCAACCUCCCCCCACCUGGGAGUAAUCUCUCCCUCCUCCGUCUUCUCCCUUCCUCUCCCCUGCUCAACUCCGACCUUAGGGUGGUCAACGGUGUCAGACCCAAGUGGCACAGGAAAAAUGGGGUCUUGACGCGUGCGCGCGCGCGCGCGCGUGCGCGGGCUCGGAGAGUGGCGGGGCCCGGGGGGCGGCGAGGGGGCGUGCCCGGCCCUUCCCCCCUGCCCGAUCGUCCAACAGCAGCCGCACCCCAUGUCCCGAGUGCCACCGGAAAGGCAGCACUGAUGGAAUACAAAUAUAUCCACUGGCACUG